UAAGGGUUUUGGGGGGAAGGUUUUGGCGGGAAGGAGAAACAAAAUCGAGAAAUGAAGAGAAAGUGAGGAGAGAAAUAAGUGGUUGUACCCUACCUCUGAACCUGAACUCCUCUGGUGCUAGCUUCCUCUUUCUGCGGCGACAUCCUCUUUCCGGUUUCUGUUUUCUUUGUCUGAUAAACUGGGUUGCUUCAGUUCUGGUUGCUAGCAGAAUAAGGUAUUUAUUCAGUUUAUGUAAGUAUACAAUGGAUGCUAGUGUCAGUGGUCGUGCUGGCACAGCAGCGAAUGAUCCAAGCAAAGAUCCAAGUAGGAAAGCCAAAUCACAAGAUCCUGGAUGGAAGUAUGGAUACUGGCCUGAUGUUGCAGACAGAAACUUAGUUCGAUGUAUGCUUUGUGGAAAGGACGUGAAGGGAGGAAUUAAAAGGCUUAAGCAACACUUAGUUGGCGGAUAUGGUGAUGUUACAAAGUGCCUAAAAACAACUGCAAAGAUUGCUAGAGAGAUGCAUGAAGCUAUAAUACGCAAUCAGAAGAGGAAGCCCGAGGUUUUUGAUAAUGACUAUGAUGUCGGUCACCCCCAAGGAGAUUUACCGGCAGAGCUUGAAACUAGAGGGCAGAUGCAGUCUGAUGCCUAUAGGCCCCCAAAUAGAGAGUCCCAAGCUUCUUCAAGUCUUACCCUUCUCCCAAGCUAUGGGACAUCUGCUAAAAGAAAUAAAGCUGUCAUGGAUGUACAAGUAAGGGGUCCCAUGGAUGCUUAUGUUAAGCGAAAUCUUGAAGAAGUGCUUGCUGAAGACAGAGAGUUUGUUCCUACAUUGCAAAGUGCUUUUAUGAAUGUGGGAUCCCAUUAAAUGUUGCAAAGACAAAGAGCUUUGAGGAGAUGGUUGCAGCCAUUGGGCAGUUUGGGCCUGGACUUGAGCCCCCUUCUUAUCAUGAAUUGAGGGGGCUUUUUUUAAAUGAUGAAAAGGGUGGAAUUAAAGAAAUCAGGAAGAAAUAUGAAGAAUAUUGGAAGACAUAUGGGUGCACUAUUAUGUGUGAUGGGUGGACUAAUGAAAAUGGAAGACACUUGAUUAAUUUCCUCGUCAACUGUCCACAUGGGACUUAUUUUAUAGGUUCCAUAGAUGCAUCUAAUCAUGUGCAAGAUGCAAAUAUGUUGUUUCAGUUGCUUGAUAGCAAGAUUGAAGAAAUUGGAGCGGACAAUGUUGUACAAAUAGUUACAGACAAUGUAGCCAAUUAUGUAGCAGCUGGUAAAUUGUUGAUGAAGAAGAGAAGUAGAUUGUAUUGGACUCCUUGUGCAGCUCGUUGUUUGGACCUUAUGUUGGAGGACAUAGGUAAUUUGGAAGCAUAUAGGGCUGUGAUAGGGAAGGCAACAAGAAUAACAAGCUUUAUCUACAUGCAUACUUUCCUUCUUGAAGAUAUAAGGAUCAGAACAAAUGGGAAGGACCUAGUGAGGACUGGAGUAACUAGAUUUACCACUUCAUUCCUGACACUCCAAAGCUUGUUAAAGCAUAAUGGUGCCUUGAUGCAAUUAUUUGUGUCUGAUGAUUGGAAUAAUUCUAAGUUGUCUAAGACAGAAGCAGGGAAGAAGGUGGAAGAGAUAGUGCUUGCUAGAACAUUCUGGGAUGAUGUGCGAGAUUGCCUUAGAGCAUCACAUCCAAUUCUUGUUGUCUUCAGGUUAAUUGUUGCUGAUAAGAAGCCUGCCAUGCCUGAAAUUUAUAUGGCAAUGGAAGUGGCAAAAAAGAGGAUAAAACAGAAUUUUGUGAACCGAGAAAGGUCAUGGAAAGAGGUGAUAACAAUUCUUGAUAGGCGUUGGGAGUGUCAGAUGGAGCAAUCAUUACAUGCUGCAGCAUUUUACCUCAAUGCUGGUAAGUAUUUUGAGUACAUUGCUGAUGAGACAGUUUCUUGUGACGAAGUGUGCAAGAUAAAUAAUGCCUUUGUUGAAGUGAUUACAAGACUAGUGCCUGAUUAAACUUUACAAGACAAGAUAUUGCGUGAGGCUAUUACGUACAAAAAAUGUGAAGGUAGUUUUUCAAGGCAAGUGGCAUUUAGGCAACGGACAACGAUGAAUCCCAUCUUUUGGUGGGACAUGCAUGGAACUUCAGCCCCUACGCUUCAAGCAGUUGCAAUACGUAUACUAGGCCUUUGUUGCUCCAUUUAUAGUUGCGAGAGUAACUGGAGCACAUUUGAGUUUAUUCACACAAAGAAGAUGAAUAGACUAGAACCUGAACAUUUGAAUGAUCUGGUCUAUGUUCAAUAUAAUCUCCGUCUGCAAGCAAAAUUCCAAGAAAGGCGUGAUGAGGCAACAAUCAUGAUCCGCUAUUGCUCGAUGAGCUGGAUUGGAGUAGUGAGUGGAUGAUUGGCCAAUCAGAUGAAGUUUUAGUCCAUCCUGGAGAUGAUCCCACAUGGGGAGAUGUUGAGUCAGAGUCGUCAGAUGAAGAAGAAUUUGAAGAAGAUGAUGUGAACGAUGAUGAAGAUGUUGAUGAUGACUUUGGUCUAUGGUCAACUGAUUCUAUGGGACUGCAAGAACAGCUAGAUGCACAUUUGUUUGAUGAUUAUGAUUGAACAAGAAUAAUUUAUGUUUGGAUUUAUGAGCUUUUUUGAUAGUCGAUACUUCACUCGACUCUUGAUGAUUUAUUUUACUGUUUUGAAGAUUACUGAAAUUAAACAUUUUGGUUUGAUUUU